AUGAAUACAAACAUAAUUUUAAUUUUAGAAGGACUUCAAUGUGUAUGGUGGAUUAUAUUAUCCAUUAUAUUCAAAUGGAAUCAUUAAAUUGCGAUCAUUACUUUGGCAUCAACAUCAUUAGUUAUGAAACUAGGAUUGCUUAUAUAAUUUAGAAAAAUUAACAAUAAAGGUUAAUAUUUAUUGCUAUUAUUAUUAAUUCUUGCUGAUACUAUCACCUAUACAGAAAUAAAUUUACUCCUCUAUUAACUUUUUAAUCCUUUUUCAAAUCAUACAAAUACUCUAUUCAUAGUAACUAAUUAAUAUAUUAUUAAAGAAAUAGUGACUAAACAAAUUUCAUUAAAAAUAAUAAGGUUUUGUUACCCUUGUUAUAUAAUAUUGAGAUUAUUCUCAAUUAUUUUUAUUAAAUUUGAUUAUACAAUUUUAGAAAGCAUCAUUAUUAUUUUAGUCUUUGUAUUUGCUAUUUUAGGUGAUGAUAAAUCUAUAAUAUCAGCAAAAAUUCGUUUGUCUUUACAAUUAAAUGAUGAGGAAUAGACUGAUCGAUAUAUGCAUUCAUUAAGAUUAUCAAAAAGAAAAAUUAUAAAAUAACAUGAAUCUAGUCAUAUAUUUUUUAAUGAUUAAUCUAAAGACAAAGAAAAAAAUAGAAGUCCUAGCAACUAUUCUAAUAAACCUCAAUCAUAUAAUGAUUUACUAUCAAUUGUUAGAAAAAAAGAGUCUAUUGAUGCUGAAAAAUGUGAAUAAUAAUUUAGUAAUUCUAUAACAAAAAUUUUACAAUUACUUCCAGAUGGAUUAAUCAUUCUUAAUAAAUUUUAAAAACUUUAAUUUAUGAAUAAAAAAUGCUUAAAAUUGAUGUAGUGUAAGAAUGAAGAAUUAAUACUGUCAAAACUAAAAGAUUGUAUAAGAAAUCAUAUUAUUAAUCUGGAUGAUUGUUAAUAAUUCUAGUAACCUUAAAAUAAUAGAAAAAUUGAAAUGAAUUAACAAACUUUAGAAGAAAUAAUAAAAAAAGCAUAAUAAAAUAAAGUUUAAUUAGACAUUUUUGAUGUUCUACUAAAUUAAAAUAAAUAUUUGACAUAAUAAUUUCUUCAUUAUGGUAUUUUUGAUGGAGAAAAAAGUAGCAUAGAUGAAUCUCCAGUCUCAAUAAAUAAUUAAAAUUAAUUUCGUUUUAAUCUUUCUUUAGAAUCAAAUAAAUCUUUAAAACUUACAAUAAUUUAAACCUAAAUGACAACCUAAUAAUUAGAUUCUUUUAUUUAAAAUGAUAUUUAGAUGUUUGGAGAUUAAUUAUAUUAACCUGUAUUAGUAUUAAUUUUAAGAGAUGUCACUUAUAAAUAGAAAUUCUAAAAGGUUGAACUUAAAAAUUAAUAAUUUUAUCAUUUAUUAAAAAAAUAAUUAUUCUAAUUAAGAACACCUCUUAAUUUAAAUUAAUAAUAUUUAAGAAUCUUUAGUGAUAUAACAAAAGAAGAAUAAGAAUUAACAGAAAAAAUAGAAUUACUUUAAUGUUCAACUUCUUUUUUAUAAUAUUAAAUGAAUAAUAUUUUAGAUUUUAUAUCUUAUCAGUUAAAUGAAUUUGCUUAUUUUUUCUGUAGAUUUUAAAUUAAUGAACUAAUAAAUGAAAUAGAAUAAAUGUUUAUUCCAUAUAUAUUUUAGAAGAAAAUUUAAUUUUAAAUAAGAAUUUAAUCUAGUUUAUCUGAAAAGUAUUUGAAUUCAGAUAAAUUAAGAAUUAUUUAAGUUUUAUUAAAUAUUUUAAAUCAUUAAUUUAAUAAUAUUAUAUAGGGUGGAGAAAUAACUCUAAUAUUUAUUGCUAAAGAUGAAUUUACAGUAUAAGUGGCUGUAGAAAACAAUUCAACACAAAUGAGUAGAAAGAAACAAUUCUCAUUUAAUUAAAUUAUGAUGAUGAAAAAUUAAGACAGUGAUAGUUGUAAUGAUAUUAUGACACAUCCAGAAUUAGGUUUUGGAUUAAAUUUAGCAGCCAAAUUAGCUUCAGGUUUUAUUGAAGAUAAUAAUAAAAAUAUAGAAAUAUUAUCAAAUUCUGCUGAUAGUAGUAGUAUAAGCUUUUUAAUUUAAGAUUAAAUAUAAUAAAAAGAUUAGGAUUAAAUAUUAUAAAAGGAAUAAGAUUAAAAUAGAAAUUAAUCAAAUACAGGUGGUUUUAUGAAUCUAAAUAAAUCUUAAUCUUGGUAAUAAGAGGAUAACUUUAUUAUAAAGAAAUAUUGUUAUUAAGAUAAUACUGAUCAUUGUGAGAAUUCAGAAAAAAUUUUAUAAAAAUCAGAUGGUGUCAAAUCAUUCGAAAGCCCAAAUAUUGUUGAGGAAUUCAGUGAACGUAUAAUUAUACCUUAAUCAAAUUAUUUUUAAUUUAGAUCUAUAGAAAGUCCAGGAUAAUUAAUAAUUAAUAAAACAUUCUCGUUUAAAAUAUCAACUUUAUAAUUACAUGAAUGUAAUACUAAUUGUAAAAAGAUAUUAAUAGUUGAUGAUUAAAUAUUUAAUUAAAUUGCUCUUAAGGCUAUUUUAAGUCAUUUUGCAAUUUAAUGUGAUUAGGCUUAUGAUGGUUAUUAAGCAAUUUAAAAAGUAAAAGAAAAAUUCUAAACUAAUUGCUAAUUUUAUGAUAUCAUUUUUAUGGAUAUAGAAUUACCUGGAUUAAAUGGAUUUGAAACUUCGAAAGAAGUAAUUUUAUAUAUAUAAUUAUAUAUUAGAUAAUUUCAAUGGGAUGCAAGAAGACAGGAAUUGUAAUUUGUUCAGCUUAUGAUACAAAAGAUAACUUAAUAUAAUUUGAUCAUUCUGGGUUAUGCGAUUAUCUAAAAAAACCAAUACUUUAAAUUGAACUACUCUAAAUUCUCAAAAAAUAUUAAUUAGUUAAAUGAUUAUUGUUUUAUUAUGUCUAAUUACUUUCUGUAAUUCAAUUGAGAUAUAUGUUAAUACAAUAAGACCUAAAGAUAAUCCUUCAGAGACAUAUACAUAUUAUGAGUUGCCGUAUUGUAAACCAAAUGAUGUCGAUGAAAUAAUAGAAACAUUUGGUUAAUCAUUAUCUGGUGAUAAAUAGAUGACUUCAAUUUACAAGUUCAAUUCAAAAGAGAAAAUAGAAGAUAAAUAAUUAUGUUAGAGAAAUUUUACAAAAGCAGAAAUAAAUAAAUGGAUUAAUGCAAUAGAUCAAGAAUACAUAAUUGAAUUUUAUUUAGCAGAUUUUAUAAUUCAAGAUGUAGUAGGACAUUAUAAUGAUGGGAAAUAUUAUUUAAAGAAUAGAAUUACAUUUAAUUUAUAUGUAUCAAAUGAUUAACGAUUAAUGUAUGCUAAUAUAACAAUGAAUGAUGGAGAUUUUAAAUUAAUAAAUUCAUAAGAUGAUAACAUAGAGAUUAAAUUCUAUUUUACUGUUAGAAUCAAAUAAUAUAAUGAGAUGAUAAAUGUUCAUGAUCAUAGUAUAAAAUGGGAUUUAUUAAUAUUCAAAAGCAUAGUAAUUUUAAUUUUAGUAUUAAAUGUCUUCUAAGUAUUGAGGAGAUCAAUAUUAACUGAUUAUAGUAAUAUACCAGAUGAAGAAAAUGAAAUUGAACCUUAAGGAUGGAAGUCAAUCAAAACUGAAUCAUUAAUGCCUCCAACUAAUCGUAUAGUAUUUUCAGCAUUACUUGGAACAGGUAUACAUUUUUUAAUAACAAUUUUUAUUUUAUUAAUAUUGGGAUCAUUUGAUUUAUUUGAAAAUCAUAAAGGAUCUAUAAAAUCAGCUGGAAUAAUUAUAUAUAGUUUUUGUGGAUGUAAUUAAAUUUUUAUAAUUAAUUAGCAAUUAAUGGUUAUUAAACAGGGAAGUUUUAUAAAUUUUUUGGAGGAAAGAAUUGGGUAUUAAAUUUGAUCAUAGCCACUGUAUUAUUUCCAAUAUCUGCUAUUUUAAUCCUUUUUAUGAUUGAUAUAAUAUCUUUAUUAUUUGGAACAACAUCAACUUUCUCAUUUACAGCUGUGUUUUCUGUAGGAUUCAUUUUAAUAAUUGUUUAUUUACCAUUAACAAUAAUAGGAGGAGUAUCAGGUAGAUUGAGAACAGUAGAUUAAUUAUUUGAGAAAAGAUUAAAAAAGAAAUUAUUAAUUUCAAAUUAUUUAUAUUUUGCAAAGGGAUGUUUAUAUGGAAUUAUACCAUUCAUGUAAAUUUGAAAUAUUUAUAUUAUAAGAUCUAUUGUAAUGGAAUUGAAUUAAAUUAUGGAGAGCACAUGGAGUGAUAAACCAUUUGAGUAAUAUGCUUUAUUGAUCUUUUCAUAUAUUCAAUUGUUGAUUAUAGUAGGUUGUUUAUCUAUUAUUCAAACUUACAAAUAAUUAAAUUAGGGAAAUUAUAAUUGGUAAUGGAUAUCAUUUCUUAAUGGUGGAUAAUGUAUCAUAUAUAUAUUUGGAUUUAUCUUUUGUUAUUAUUAUUUUAUGAAUAUGCAUGGAUUUUUUUAAUUUUUAUUUUAUUUUGCAGAAAGUAUAUUGGCAUGUUUUGUAUUUUGGUUAAUGUUAGGAUUUGUAAGUUAUUGGAUAUCAUUGAAAUUUGUGAUUUAUAUUUAUACAUAAAAUAAGAUUUAAUGA